AGGUGUGUACAUUGGCAACUGUGGCACUGACUGGACCGGGGUGAAGCUUCCAGACAUGUCGGGCACCACGGACCUCUUGCACUACAUGGGAUCCAUGUCCGCGCACGUGACGAGCACCAGGCUAUCCUACGUCUUUGGCAUGCGGGGCCCUAUCAGUACCUCGGACACGGCCUGCUCUUCGUCACUGGUGGCGACUGGAGAGGCGCACAAUGCGCUGAGACCGCUGGACCCCGGCCAAGCGAACGUCACAACAAGCACUGGCAAGACAGAACAGGCGGUGGUGGUCGGCACCAAUGCCUUGCUCGGGCCGUUUUCCUGGAUCGGCCUUUGCGGCCCCAAGAUGCUUUCGGUGAAGGGCCGUUGCUUCACCUUCGACUACACUGCGGAUGGCUUUGGUAGAGGAGAAGGUACCAGCGCCUUGUUCGCAGAGGUCACUCACAAGGAGCCUGUGGAAAGGCUGGCGAUCUUCUGCGGCACCUGCAUCAAUCAAGAUGGAAGGAGUGCAUCCAUGACCGCACCACACGGCCCCUCCCAGCAGGAGUGCAUCCGGGCCUCCCUGCGGGAAGCCAACGUCACCCCGGGAGACAUCCGGGUCGCAGAACUGCAUGGUACCGGCACCGCGUUGGGGGACCCUAUCGAAGUGGGGGCCCUGCGGGGCGUCAUGAAGGAUCGCAACUCCCCGAUCCUGAAGACCAGCGCGAAAUCCAACUUGGCGCAUGGCGAAGCCAACGCCGGCAUGGCAGGUCUUGUCAAAUGCGUGCUGCUGCUGAACCAUUGCACUGUGGCGCCAAAUGUGCACUUCCACUCGCUGAAUCCGCACUUGGACUUGACUGGCUAUCCGUGCUAUAUCUCGGGUGAGCUGCUGGAGCUGGGCACCAACACGGGCUACGCGGGCGUCUCCUCCUUCGGCUUCGGGGGCACCAACGCCCGCGCGGACAUUUGGGGCAAGGCGCAUGUGGGCACCCGAAAGGUGCACAAGCUGGACCUAAACAUGCUGGAGAACGUCUCUGUGCGCUGUCCGAAGUGCCUGGGCAGCAUGGAGUGGAAGAGCUGCUGCGCCAUGCCUUCCAGGCUGCAGAAGGCCACGGGCCAGGGCCGGCCCAGGGCCCGCUGCGUGCGCGGAGAGUUUGACAGCUACGAGCUGUGCAGCCUCUGCUACCAGGGCUCCUACGUCUAUGGCCAGCCGCCCGCAGAGGAGCCGCUGCCGCAGGGCAAGGCCUUUAUUAAGGGCUCCUGGACCGCAUUCUCCGAGUUCGAGGAAAUGUCUUCGCAGGACCGCAGCUUCAGCUUUCAACUGCGCCUGGGAGAGAGCCGCUGCGAGCGCUUCUACAUCGCCUUUCAGAAGAACGAAGAGCAGGCCGUCUUUCCCUGGGACCGAUCAGGAGCGGCCUCGGUGCGGGUCAAGGGGCCUUGCCCCAUGGAAGAGGGCCACUUCUUUGUCAUCGAUGGCAGGGACGAGCAAUGGCCCGAGGGCUCGCUGAUCAACAUCCGCUUCUGGACGGAGGGCAAGAACGAGCGGAAGAUCGCCUGGGAGCGGCAGCUGGAGGAGGGUGGUCCGAAAGAGAUGCCCAGCUACACCCACAGCUAUCAAAUCCUUGGCUCGCUGACGCAGAUGAAGAUGAUCCCGAUGAAGCCGGUAAGAGGCCUUCGGAAUGUUUUCGAGUACUCCACGCGGAUGGGGCUGCAGAGCUACGAGACCUUCCACUUCUUCCGAGAUUACGACCGGUCCCAGGUCAUCUACCCCGCCAGGCACAUGCCAAAGAUCAGCAGCGUGCCUGUCCGUGGCCCAGAUGCCGGCGGCGCGGAGAACUUCUUCGCCGCCCACGGGCGCCAGGGCGAGCGCCUGGUGAUCCGCCUGGAGGUUGCAGACGCCCACGUCACGGUGUCCGCGGAGAGUCUUGCCGCUGGCACGCGCACCUGGCACAGCCAAGAGGGCCGCGCCCGGAAGCAGUUCAGCGUGGUAGGCUCCUGGUCUCCAGGCGGAACUCCCAUGGCACAAGACCCAGAGAAUCAAGAUCGGUACGUGGCUCACAUGACCAUCGCCUCCAAGUAUGGCCAGGAGGAGUUCCAGAUUUGGCAGGAUGAGGACCCCAAUCGCGCCAUCUUCCCGGAGGCGGCCGGCUCCCAUAGCGGCGGGUCUUUGGUGCUGGGCCCGCACCGGGGAGCAUCCGACAACAAGUUUAUCAUUGACGGCUACCCAGGGGAUGAAAGGGAGGAAGGGAGGAGGCACGCAGUUCGAGAUUGUUCUUGACUUUACAAGUGACAACAAGUGGCGGACAGUGACCUGCGCAAAGCUCCCCACAGCAGUCUUGGACAUCCAGCCACAAGCGCUUCCAAGCUGAUGGCUGGGUCGUUUGCACAGGGCACAGCUGAAGAAAUACCAGCACGUUGAUUAUUUAGUGUCAACAAGGUGCCAACUGAAGGGCCGGGGCAUGGUGCCCUUUGUGUGCCUUGGCGUGCCUUGGCGUGCCUUGGUUAGUUUGAGCGCGCCCAGGCGCUCGUUAAUGAAGCUGAGCCUGGCUCCUCUUUGUGUAUCAAAA